CCCGAGUUAUCUACCGCUAAGUCUAUUAAGCCCUCAAAACUAUCCACCCUUUAGAUCACCAACAAACGCCACCAUGUCCGCCUUGAUGGACGAAAAAUACAGUAUCGAGCAUACCGAAAAUGGGGAGGUCUUAAACAAAGAUGAUGGCCACCACCAUCUGACCCAGCAGGAGAUGAAGCAUGGUGACAAUGCCCUCAAGUACAUUGGAGAAGAGCGAAUUGAGGUUACGGUUGAAGAUGAUAAACGAAUCAGGAAAUUGACAGACAAGUACAUCCUGUCACUACUCACAUGGGUCUACUUUUUGCAGAUCCUUGACAAGACUAUCCUCGGUUAUGCCAACACAUUCGGAAUGUCCACUGAUACCCACCUUGUCAACAACCAAUACUCUCUCCUGGGCUCCGUCAACGCCAUUGUACAACUAGCUUGGCAACCGUUUUCCUCUUAUCUUAUCGUUAAGGUCCCCGCUCGUUACCUCAUGCCUGCAAUGGUCUUUGGCUGGGGCGCUGCUCAAGCUUGCAUGGCCGCCGCUCACAACUUUGGAGGUUUAAUGGUUUCUCGAGCCCUCCUUGGUCUCUUCGAAGCUGGUUGCCUUCCUCUCUUCUCUCUUCUCACUUCCCAAUGGUACCGUCGAUCGGAACAGCCCGUUCGUGUCGCCGUAUGGUACUCCACCAACGGUCUCGCCACCGUUGUCGCCGCUCUCCUCUCUUUUGGUCUUAGUCACGUCUCCUCCCCCCACAUCAAGGUCUGGCAGCUCAUCUUCAUCAUCUGCGGUGGUAUUACUUGCCUGACCGCUCCUGUCAUCUACUUCUUCAUUGACGCCGACGUUCCCUCUGCCCGAUUCCUUUCUGAAGAAGACAAGGCGAAAGGUAUUGAGCGACUGAGGGCUAACCAGACCGGUACCGGUACCAACGAAUUUAAACUCUCCCACGUAUGGGAACUCUUUUACGACGUCAAGUCUUACCUCUUCUUGGCCCUCGCAUUGCUCUUGAAUGUGGGCGCAUCAGUUACUACAAUCUUUGGUCCGACUCUCAUCAAGGGCUUUGGAUUCAACAGCCGAAUCACCUCACUGCUCAACAUGCCAUUCGGUUUCCUGCAGUUCCUCGCUAUUCUUGCAGGCUGUUUCGCCGCUUACAAAUUCAAGAUCAAGUCUGCCGUUCUCGCCUCAUUUGUCAUCCCCGUCAUCGUCGGUCUUGUCUUGCUUUACGUCGAGAAUUCUGCUGCUGUGCUCAAGCAAGCUCCUGCUCUUGUCGGUUACUACCUCCUCGCCUUCCUCUAUGGCGCCAACCCCAUCAUCGUGUCAUGGAUCGUCGCCAACACUGGUGGACAGACCAAGAAAGCGUUGCUCAUGAGUGUCUACAACGCCGGUUCUGCUGCUGGUAACAUCAUCGGCCCUUUGCUCUUCCAAGACAAAGACAAGCCCCACUACCUUCCCGGUAUCAAAGCCACCCUCGGUAUCUUCUGCGCUCUCAUCGCCUGUAUUGGCUUCACAGCCGCCUUCCUCUUCUUCCUUAACAAGCAGAGACAGCGACAGCGUGUGGCCGUGGGCAAGCCUCAGUUUAUCAAGGAUACUUCGAUGAGCACCAAGUAUGAGGCUUAUGGUGGUGAUGAUGUCGAAGGCAGACUCGGUCAGAAUGCUUUACUCGAUUUGACCGACUUCAAGAACGACGAGUUUGUUUAUGUCUACUAGUGCAUCAAAACGCCCGGACCCAGUUUUCGUCUUUGUCUCCUGCUUGUUGUUUUUUUUUUUUUCUCACUUCGCAUUUCGACCCUUUUCGGGCCUCGAUUCAUAGGAUUGCUAGUCCAAAAGGACAGUUGUAUUACUUCAUAUUAGGGACUUAGUUGACAAAUAAAGUUGGAAAUUAUAUCUCACAUACCAUCUAUGUAAAUAGUCAUCAAUCAAUGCAACUA